CGCACUCUCCCAAGAAAAAACAACAACCUUUUUAGCAAUACACACCAAACUGAGCAUGUGCAGAGUGUCUUCACACAAUAUGUCUUAUCAGGAGAUAUGAGGGGGGCACUGGAAGAAGCGGAGGAUCAGAGAAGUCAGGAUCAAACAGCAUUUUUACACAAUGCACAGGAUUAACCCCUUAGAUUCUACAGUGAGUAUAACAAGCAUGCUUUACUGCCAGGGGCGGACUGACCAUUUGGAAACUCGGGCACUGUCUGAGGGCCCGGGGUC